GACCAUAGACUAGAGUCUUUAGUAGCAAGUGCUCGCACGAACAGGACCGAGUAAAGGCCACAGUUUACAUUCAGCAGCUCGUUGUUUUCACCAAUCACGGGAACAUUUCUGUUUCUGGAAUCUUCUGCCUUGGAGCAGCCGAGCGUCUUGAACUUUCCGAGUCAGGAAUUUCUGCUCAUUGUGUUUUCAAACACUGCUUGUGAGAGAUUGGUAAGGAGAUCGAUCACCUGUGGAGUUCAAGAUUAGAGUAUCGCCACGACUCUAGGAAAACCUGUGUUAGUUUUGUAUCACCUACGUCAUUCUAAAGCCCGGCCGGGUAGAUGUCGGGUCACCAAAGCCAUGGGAAAACGGCGAAUUCCAACCUGCCUGUAUCUGGUCUUCCCUUCUCAUCAGUCGCUGGCUUGUCAGACGUCCCAAGGCAACAUGGCGGCAAGGAUGCCAGAUCUUUGCACUCGUCGCCGGAAAACCAGCCGCCCACGCUCCAGUCACCACCACACCAACCUACAGCACACCAACCAGCGGCACAACAGCCACCAGCACAACAGCCGCGGAGAGGCUCAAAGCGCCGUCAGACGUCCCCCAGUCUGGCCGACCAUGAGCCAAAGCGACGAGUGCGCACCAAGUUCACGCCGUCCCAGCUGUCGAUUUUGGACGCCUCCUUCGCACAGGGACGGUACCCCUCUAGUGCGCAGCGUCUUCAUCUGGCGAAUAAAUUAGGACUCACCGACUUAUGUGUUCAGGUUUGGUUUCAGAAUCGCCGUGCGAGGGACAAACCCAGCCCGCUAAUUCCUCCGCUGUUCCUCGAGGCGCAGGCAUUAGCUCCUCGCACCCCCACAGUUGCUGCAAGUCCUUAUGAGGCAAGCCUUACGCAAUACCAUUGCAGUAGUACCAUGCCUGCCUUGCUACCACCUUCAACACACCCCCAAGCAGUCACUAGCACUGUAGCUAACACUAAGGUCGAGAACGCGGAUCGCAACCCAUUUCUGUCAUCCCAAGACCAUGGAGCCAAUGCCAGCGCUAAAACAGGUGGCGUGAGUUCGACAGUGAAUGUGCCACGUGCCUCGCCGUCCAUUGCUUCGCCUUAUACGCAUGGUGGCAAUGUGGCUGGUCGUGAUGCUCUGUGGACAGGGACUGGGAAUUAUCAGCACCCUGCGGCUUCAUUCGUGCUCACGCCUGGAUCAUCCGUACUAACUCCUGCUUCAUCCGCACUCCCUCCUGCUCCCUCCAUGCCCACUCCUGAUUCAACAACCACCAAAACCCAGACCACGGUGAAUAGUUCAUUGUAUUCUCACCGAACUGUUGCUUCCUCGUCGCCAAUAAAAUCAUCACCGAGUGUGAGUAGACCGGAUACGUUGCCCAUCACCCUUCCCGUCAGUCAGGCGCACUAUCCUAUCACCUGUGCGCCGCAGCAGAUUAUGUCGGCAAGUCCACCACAGAUCAUUUCAGCAAGUCCGCAGCAAAUCAUUCCAGCAAGUCCACAACAGAUCAUUUCAGCAAGUCCGCAUUAUGUUGCCCCACAUCCUGUGCAAGCCACACUCACAUCGCAUCAGGGCCCAAGUAUGAAUGCUCAAGCUGCCCAUGAACCAACCCUUGUACAGGCAUGGUCUCAGCCGCAGUUGAUCUUCAUUCCAACACAGCAACAGGUGCUGCCCGCCGCCAGUCCUGUGCCGGCGUCUUUCCCGCUUCACCAGAGCGCGACGGGGUCCAUUGUGUUCAACACUAAUGCCUCGAACAGCCCAGCUAUGCAGCAUGUGCCGGAGCAUACGCCACAGCACGUACUUGUGCAUCCCACCCAACAUCCCACCCAACCCUCUAGCACACUAGCACUACCGAGAAUGCAACCGCUCCCCGCCAAUCAACAGGCAGCACUGAACAUGCGCUCGGGUUUCUUUGUACUGAGGUAGCUGCGGUGAGGUUGAGCGUGGAUGCGUGACAGGAUAACAUUUGCAAAGUCCUUGAUUUGAUGCCAAUGUCUGCUAGCUUGUCAAACUCCUCCGACAGUGUAUGAAGCGAUGGCGCGGAACAUGCACAUAACAUCAUGCAUUUCAUAUCCGCAGGUAACCUCUGAUGACCCGUGCCCCAUUGUAGUAUGGUUUUAUUCCGGGACAGAUAUAUUGCUCCAUACUCCAUAGUGAGAUAUGCAGAACUGAGAAGUAGUAGUAGUAGUAGAAUUUAUCAUUUUACUAGGGAACUCCCAACAGGCGUUGCCUUUUUACUGGGAACCCUAGACUGAGAAGUACCUCCGAUGCCAUGCGUUCUUUCGUCUCUUUGACUUGUGAUAUUAAUGAUGACAGCAUCCCAUAACAAUCCUUGAGAUUAUCGUAUCUGUUGACAAUGUUGAACCAUUUUUGCGGUUUUGA